AUGUUUCUGCAUCUGGCAAGCUAUUGGGUCAUUGGGUGGAUAGCCGACUGGUAUUUUUCUCUUCUAGGAAAAGGGACCAGUGAAGAGAGUUUAAGAAAAGAUCUAGAAAAUGUAGCAAUAAUUAAAUCAAGCAAGGAUACACGAUAUGGAUUGGAUUCAAUUGUUACGCAUGAUGGUGCAAAAUUACCAUGUUGGGCACUAUCAGAUUUAUCAUCAUUCAAACAGAAGUUUGGAGUUGAUGCUUAUGAGCAGCUGGACGUGAUUGGCAUUGAUGAAGCUCAAUUCUUCGACGACCUUUACGAUUUCUGCCGUGAAGCUGCUGAUCAUGAUGGAAAAACAGUAAUAGUUGCAGGACUUGAUGGUAACUUCUUGAGGAGGAGCUUUGGUUCCGUCCUUGAUAUAAUUCCUCUUGCCGAUUCUAUAACUAAGUUAACGGCUCGAUGUGAAAUAUGUGGGAAGAAUGCUUUGUUCACUCUGAGGAAGACACAAGAUACACAGGUUGAGUUGAUUGGUGGAGUUGAUGUCUACAUGCCCGUAUGUCGGCAGCACUACGUCAAUGGGCAGGUAGCCGUCAAAACGGCUCGAAAUGUGGUGGAAUCUAACAAGGUUGAAUGUGGCUCCCAUACAUAA